AUGUCAACAUGGCGCAAACGGUUCUCAAGAAAAUCACAAAGACUUACUGAAAAUGACGAAAUUCUCUUGAAUAAUGCAGCAAAAUACCGUAAAAAAGUACAAGCAGCAGUAAGUCAAAUAAAUCGUACAAAGAAAUUUGCACAACGAACUUUUGAUAGUCCUGCAUCUGAAAUUCAUGUUGCUCGACUUAUCAAUGAUAUUGGGCAACUAUCAGAUUGUAAACCAUUACAAGAAGUUACUGGUUUAAUAGAUUCGUUAGCUAUGCGUCAUCAAUUAUCAUCACGAAUAUUUAAUGAAUAUGCCAUGAAUUCACUUCAACAAGCAUUAAAAAAAUUAAAUGAUAAUUUAUCAAAUGAUUUUGAUAAAACAAAAUCUAUUUUUGAAGAAGCUGUGACAAAUCAUUGCUCUGAUCAUACAAAAAAUCAAUUAUUAACAAAAGUACAAAUGGAAUGGUCGAAACAUCAACAAGUAGCAGCUAAAGAAUUGAAACAAGGUUUAUCAUCGUAUUGUGAUAUUGGUUUGUAUAAUCUUAAAGUACAAAUGGCUAUUCUCGAGAAACUUCAAAGUUUCAUUGAUCAAUUAUCUCGUGGCGAUGAUCCGGAUUCAAAUAAUGGUUUAUCAAAUUUUGCUGCUAAUAGUAUACAAACUCGCCGUGACAUAGAUACUAUGUUACGUGUUAUGCUUGAUGCAGCACCAAAUGAUUCAACUUCUUUACCUGGAGCAAAACGACCAAAAUUUCUUGACAAUCAUUUAACUCUUUCAAAUUCACUUUUUUCACCUGAAAUCUCUGAAGCAGCAGCUGGCUCGAAUUUCCCAACAAUAGGACAAAGAAGUACACCAGUUACUCCUCAAUAUUCAUCUAGGAUUAAUUGUGCAACAGAUACAAAUAGACGCACACCACAAUAUGAAGCGACAAUGAGAACACCCUUGACUCCACAGAAUGAUUAUUUUCAAACUACAUCUGAGAAUGAUCCACUACCUUCGUAUAGUGACUUAUUCGUUGUACCGAGUACUUGCAAAUAA